CUAUUGCCAAUUCCCGCCGGCCUCCAUUCUCUCACUUCUGGUUGUGGCUGCACGGCCUGCAUUCCGCCGUCUCUUCAAGGCAGUGCUUGUGAUUUUUAAACCCAAAAAGAUGACCUCAAUCUCCUCGCCAGGCCUUUCCUCCUCUUCCCUCCCUCGCUCAUCCGCCGGCGUCCGCCCCCAUCUGCCUUGCCAGCUGGCAUCUCCGCCUAGGCCCUAUUCUGCUACAUCUUACACCUCCAUCCGCACCUCAUGCUCUCGCAAGCAAUUCACCGUCGCUUCCGGAGGCAACCUUGUGCCAGAUUCUCAGCUGCAGAGAAACGGAGUUUAUACAGUAGGCAACUUUAUGACGGGAAAGGAAAAUUUACUCGUAGUGAAGCCAUCAACAUCUGUAGAUGAAGCAUUGGAAGUUCUUGUAGAGAACAGAAUUACUGGCUUUCCUGUGAUUGACGAUGAGUGGAAGCUGGUUGGUGUGGUCUCUGAUUAUGACUUGUUGGCACUGGAUUCUGUAUCAGGUACUGGAAGAGCUGAUGCAGACAUGUUUCCCGAAGUUGAUAGCACAUGGAAAACAUUCAAUGAAGUACAGAUAUUGCUCAGCAAAACCAAUGGGAAAGUAGUUGGUGACUUGAUGACACCUGCACCAUUAGUGGUGCGUGAAUCCUCUAAUCUCGAGGAUGCAGCAAGAUUACUACUGGAAACAAAAUAUCGCCGACUUCCUGUUGUAGAUUCUGACGGCAAGCUGGUCGGGAUUAUUACCCGGGGAAAUGUUGUACGAGCUGCCCUUCAAAUAAAACGUUCCAUGGAAAUGCAGACCUAAAAAUCUGCAAGGAAAUUCAAACUUGAUUUCCUGCAAGUACAGUGACGUAUCUAUAUAUAGCAAAGCACGAAUCAUGCCAGAGCAUAGAUCCCCAAAUAACAACGUUCCUGGGACUAGCUCAAAUGUGGGAACUGGCUGAACUGAAUUGUCUUCAACUAUGUAUAUAUCAGGCGAUCCAUGUCCCUCCCAGAAAGUUCUCAUAACUUUUUCAACAGCUGAGAUUCUAAGUUCCACCUAGUCCGCAUUUAAUUUGGGAUUUUUUAUUAUGUGAACAUAUUCUGGUAUAAAUUGGUUUGGAUAACUUUUUCGUUUUCCGAUGUUUACCCGCUCACAUUUGUACUGAAAUUACAAUAUUUAUCCAUUUUGGUAAGUGAGGUCACAUGUAGCUUUGGAUUGAUUGAAUUCGUUUCGUUUAUCAGUACGUUCAUCCUGUUUUUUCCCAAACUCAUUUUUGGAUAUCAAUUUUACUUACCUCAGAAUCUC